AAUUACUAUGGAAACUCCCCACUACUGAAGCUUUUGUUAACUAAUCGGGUUGAUCACUGACUACCCGUUUUUAUCUAUGGGUAUCCAAUACACAUCAUCGUUCCGAUUAACGAUUCCCAGUUAACGAACAGCAUCUCUGUCCCUCGUUGUUACCCUCUGCAAACCAAAGACCCUCAGAUCCGACUCACGACAUUGAAAGCGAUAGCCAUGGAGUAUGCCACUCGAAGAAGUCAAGGCGGCCUCUUUGAAGGUCUCUACAGGCUCAUCAUGUGCCGCAACUCCAUCUACGUCACCUUCGUUAUUGCUGGAGCUUUCGCCGGUGAACGGGCUGUGGAUUAUGGAGUUCGUAAGCUUUGGGAUUACAACAAUGCUGGGAAGCAUUAUGAAGACAUUCCAGUUUUAGGACAAAGGCAAUCAGAAGAAUGAGUGGAACUCCUUUUUCCUGCCAUUUUGAAGUUCCAUAUUGAAGAUUUGGAGUCAGCAUUAAUGUAGUGGAUAGCAAUUUUUGUAAUAAAUAUAAUUUGUUGGAUGCACCACACUUUUUUCUAAACCAUGUUUUCCUUCAACUAUGACUUGCGGAAUUAUUGAACAAGGACAAACUGUGUAUGGUUACAAUGAUCAUUUGAAUUUCUAAUCAGAUCAUCUCCCUCUUUGUUUUC